CAUAUAAAAUAAACAGAAAGAAGAACCAAAACGACUAUUUAUAAACUUAAAUUCAAGAAAAAAUUAAGUGAAAAUUUUGAUGGUGAUGAUGAAGAUAUGUAAGUGGAUGCAUGAGCUGAAACCAGUCUUAUUAAUGGUGAUUGUUCAAUUCUGCUUUGCUGGGAUAAAUGUUUUUUACAAAUUAGCUGCCUACGAUGGUAUGAGCUUGAAGGUUCUUAUAGCUUACAGAUUCAUUUUUGCCAUUCUUUUCUUGAUUCCUCUUGCUCUUAUCUUUGAGAGGAAGAGCAGGCCUAAACUUACAUGGACUAUCAUUUUUCAAGCAUUUUUAUGUGGUUUCUUUGGGGGAUCAUUGACUCAAAAUUUGUAUGCUGAAAGUUUGGUAUUGACAUCGGCAACAUUUGCUUCUGCCAUGACUAAUCUUAUACCAGCAGUCACCUUUAUCUUAGCCGUUUCUUUCAGGUUGGAGAAAUUGAAAUUGAAAAGCAAAGCAGGAAAUGCAAAACUGAUAGGCACAAUAGUAUGUCUUGGUGGGGCAAUGCUACUAACAUUUUACAAAGGAUCAGAAAUUAAAAUAUGGUCAAUACACAUAAAUUUGAUGAAAAUGAUCAAACCUCAAGGAGGACACGUGGCAUCAUCAAGUAGCACUCAGAUUUUGGGAAGCAUAUUAGCUUUAAUAAAUUGCUUCUCAUUUUCUCUAUGGUUAAUUAUUCAAGCAAAAAUGAGUGCAAAUUAUCCAUGUCCUUAUUCAAGUACUGCUUUGAUGACAAUAAUGGCUGCAAUUCAACAAGUUAUUUUCACUCUUUGCACUGAGAAAGAUUGGAAUCAAUGGAAAUUAGGUUGGAACAUAAGGUUUUUUGCAUCAGCUUAUGCGGGAAUUAUAGUGCAUGGUAUGAUGAUAACUCUCAUGAUUUGGUGUGUGAGAUUAAAAGGACCAUUAUACACAUCAGCUUUUUACCCUCUCAUGCUCCUUUUCACUGCCUUGGCUGGUCCUUUGUUAAUCGAUGAAAAUCUACACGUUGGAAGCAUACUGGGAGCAACAUUGAUAGUGUGUGGACUAUAUGCAGUGUUAUGGGGUAAAAAUAAAGAAAUGAAGAAAAUUUCUCUGCUUACACCACCCAAAAUCUCCCAAGAAAUUGAAACCAUUAUUAGUCCAACUCAAAAUUGCAACAGAGGUGCACUUUUAGAUCAACAUUUAUCCGAUAAGAUAAAUGGAAAUGAAGAAAAAGUGUAAUUUUCAUUUUGUUAAAACAAAUCAAUGUAGGUAGCAAUGAACUAGCACACGAAAACAUUGAUUACCGGAAUAGAAGACGGAAAAAUGUUAUUUUUUAUAAAAAUAUUUUAAAAAUAUAGAGUUUGAAGAGUUUUGACGAAGAAAGUUUAUGUACACAUAUUCUGGCAA